AUCACUCUCUGACGUCGCCCACAUGGCUGAUCUCAAGGUCCCUGCUGCAACCCGUUUACCCCGCCGCUACCGCAGAGAUGCGUUUGCAAAAACCGCUUAAGAGAACUUCGCUAGUUGGCCUACUCGUUGAGCUGGGGGCCGACAAGGCAAACCGCCCACCUCAUUGAAGCUCAGUUCCCCAUUUGCCGCCUUCCCCUCAAGUGACCGAUACAACCGACUCCACAAUGGCUCGCUCUGCAGUCUUCACGGUUGAAGACGCUAAAGCGGCCUUCAAUCUCUUCUGCUGCGUUUACGGCAUUGGAACGCUUGGUAUGCCCGGUAACUUUUCCCGUGCCGGCCCAGUGAUCGCGGUCUUCGCCAUGGCAUUUAUGGCCUUCGCCAACACGUAUUCUUCGGUGGCUAUCUGCCGUGUCAUGCUCAUCGCUCCGCGUUCGGUCAAGACCUACGGUGAUCUCGGUGAAUGGUGCAUGGGCAAAACUGGCCGCUACCUUUCUGUCGUCUCCCAGAUGGGUAAUUGUCUCUUGGUCCCUUGUGUGUUCCUGGUGCUUGGCGGUAGCCUUCUCGAUGGUCUCUUCCCGGGGGCCUUCAGUGCCACGACGUGGAUUAUCCUCAUGGCUCUCGCUUGUCUGCCUGUGUGCUUGGUGCCGACUCUGAAGGAAGGAGCUGGUGCUGCCUUUGCUGGAUGCAUGGGUACGCUUGUUGCUGAUGUUAUCGGUGUCGCCGUUGUGAUGCACGGCAUGCGUGGUCACCCGAGCGUGCCGACUCCUGAUCUCAACUUCAAGCAAGUCGCUGGAGCAUUCGGUAACUUGGCUCUCGCCUACGGUGCUGGUAUCGUGAUUCCUGCCCUCCAGCGCCAACACAGUGACCCCACCCGGAUGCCACGUGUGGUUGGCGUGACAAUUGCUUUCAUUUCGUGCUGUUUCCUGGUUCUUGCCAGUACUGCAUACUCGUCUGUUGGGUGCCAGAUCUCGGGUAACCUCCUGUGGUCGAUCUACCCCGACUCAGACACUGGUCUGACCACGCUUGGCUUCGCGUCGGACUGGGGUAUGGUCGUUCUCGCCUACCUCUUCAUGCAACUGCACAUUACGAUCGCCUUCUCCGUCAUCCUGAACCCUGCAUUCUACAUCGCCGAGCGCAUCGUGCUUGGAAUGCACAAGCCUACCGUCGCUGAUGUGGAGAACAAUCUGCUUAGUUAUGCCGAUGCUGCUACUCCUGGUGAUGGCGCAGAGCGCUCGGAGAAGGAGUCCCGUGCCUCCAAGCGCUCGUUUAUCUCUGUUGCCGAUAACGAGAACGUGCACCUUGGUGAACCGGAGGAGGAGGCCGCUGAGUACCGUGGGGUCAACACCAUCAAAUACGUAAUUCUUCGUAUCGUGAUUAUCAUCAUCUUGGUGAUCGCAUCAGUGCUUCUAAAGGACCAUUUUUCUGACCUAGCGGACUUUGUCGGAGCGUCGUGUAUUACGGUGAAUUCGAUCCUUCUGCCGAUUGUGUUCCUGUUGAAGAAGAAAUGGGACUCGCUUCCGAUGUGGGAGAAGCUCCCAGCCCUGACAGUCGUUGUGGUGUGCUUCUGCCUGGGCUGCUACGUGACCUACACGUCGGGCAAGAAUUUGUUUGCUCCGAGCGACGAUGAUACGGCGUUCCCAUUCUGCGCACCGGAAUUCGAGAACACCGUUUACUAUAACUACACAGCGGCUCACGAAAACUAAUUGUUGUCCUGGAGCUGCUUAGCUUCGCCUUUGAAGUUUUUUCUUCGAGAAGUUUGCAUUGAACGAGCGCAAUACCAACAAUAUUCAAUACAUCUGCCGUUCUGUGCUACUUUGAGCUUCAAAUCAGGGCAACUACAAUUCAUUUUCGUUACUGUAGUUUCAUUUUUCCAGCACAAACGGAUUUCAUUAAAGUCGU